UAUAAGAAAAAUAAAAAUAAUCUUCAAUAUAAAUAAUUGCAUUGCGGUUGCAUUUUUCAAACACUUUUUGAACAUUACGUGGAAAUAACAGUAGAAUUAUACAUUGACUGUUUCAACACUUAUUCACAUACACCUUUGGACUGAUUACUGAACUGAUUCUCUUAUUUUUACAUUUUAUCAGCAAAUUUUAUGACAUGUACAUUAAAAAAAUCCUAGGUAUUUUAUACUCACUUCAAUAAUAUCUACUUAGGAAGUAGUUACUAAUAUUAUUUAUAAACGAAGUUGAGUAGGUAACAACUUUAAUUUUUUAGCGUUUUACAUAUAAAAUCUUAUUUAUAAAUUGAUACAUUUAUAAUAAAUAAAGAAAAUAUAAGUCAGGUCUAGAUUUUAACAUACUACAUGUGUCUGGUUGGACUGGUUACAAUGGAAACCCGUUACGUUUAUUGACCUCGUCAUAAUGUUACCGAAAUAUAUAUCAUAAUAUACUUCAUUCAUGUGUGUGCUGAUCUGAUUUUAAUGGUGUUCUGUAAAGGUGAUAUCGGUCAUAGUGUGAUUCUUAAUUAAGCUUAGGCCCUGAAAUUUCCGUAGUGGUGCGUAGAUAGGCGGUGAGAUGAAGUGGUGGGGCGAGGGCCUCGGGCGCGGUGCGUCUGCGCAGCUGCCGCGGGUGGCGCGCAUGCGCCGUGCCCUGCUGCUCCUGGCGGCGGCGGCGUGCACGGCCGCGGCGCUGCUGUACUGGCGCCAGCAGAGCGACGACCGCGCGCACCGCCCGCUGCACGCGCUCUACGAAGGUGUGGAACCACAAUGGAGUUGGGUGUGUCGCAAUUUGCGCUGUGAGCGGUUGCUGGCCUCCGAGACAACAACGCUGCAGUCGCUGCCCACCUGCAACAUGCUGUGCGACUCCACGCAACUGUGGCCGCAGCCCACGGGAGCCGUCAGCCUCGCCACGGCGGUGCAGCCCGUGCGGGCAGACGGGUUCAAGCUCCAAAUUGUGACGUCACCCUCACGCGACGUCUCCGACCAUCUCGCUGAUGCCUUCGAACUAAUGAAGGACGACAUGCGCACACUGGAGCACAGCGCUGGCACCGAGCGCCGCCCCGCUGACUACGGCUCGCCGCGCAACGUACUCGUGCGCGUGGCCAUCAACGGCAGCGCAGACCCGCGCAUGCGUCUCGACACAGAUGAGAGUUACAAACUGACGCUACGGCCCUCCAGGAAGUCCCUCGUGGCCGACAUCACUGCUCACUCGUUCUGUGGCGCGCGGCACGGCCUCGAGACCCUGUCACAAAUAGUGUGGAUGGACCCUUACGCAGGCUCCUUGCUGAUAUUAGAGGCGGCUACUGUAGUCGAUGCGCCACGGUUCCCGUACCGCGGACUUCUACUGGACACAGCGCGAAACUUUUUCCCGACUGGUGAGAUAUUGCGGACUAUAGACGCCAUGGCUGCGUGUAAGAUGAACACGUUCCACUGGCACGUGAGCGACUCCCAGUCGUUCCCCCUGCGGCUGGACAGCGCGCCCCAGCUGGCGCAGCACGGCGCGUACGGGCCCGGCGCCGUGUACACCUCCGACGAUGUGAAGACUAUCGUGCGCCACGCCAAGCUGCGCGGCAUCCGCGUCCUACUGGAGGUGGAUGCGCCCGCGCACGUGGGCCGCGCCUGGAGCUGGGGGCCCACUGCUGGGCUCGGGCACCUCGCACAUUGCGUCGAGCUUGAGCCUUGGAGCGCGUACUGCGGGGAGCCCCCGUGUGGACAGCUUAACCCGAGGAACCCGCACGUGUACGAUUUGUUGCAACGCAUCUACGCCGAGAUUAUCGCGCUUACAGAGGUCGACGACCUGUUCCACUUGGGAGGAGACGAGGUGUCGGAACGCUGCUGGGCGCAGCACUUCAACGAUACUGACCCCAUGGACUUGUGGUUGGAGUUCACGCGACGCGCUAUGCACGCUUUGGAGCGCGCCAACGGGGGGAAACUGCCAGAGCUGGUGUUGCUGUGGUCGUCGCGCCUGACUCGCUCGCCGUACUUGGAGCGGCUGGACGCGCGGCACCUGGGCGUGCAGGUGUGGGGCUCGUCGCGCUGGCCGGAGUCGCGCGCCGUGCUGGACGCCGGCUUCCGCUCGGUGCUGUCGCACGUGGACGCGUGGUACCUGGACUGCGGGUUCGGGUCGUGGCGCGACAGCUCGGACGGGCACUGCGGGCCGUACCGCUCCUGGCAGCAGGUGUACGAGCACCGGCCGUGGACGGAGGAGGGCGGAGGGCCGGCCGCGUGGCGCGUGGAGGGCGGCGCGGCCUGCCAGUGGACGGAGCAGCUGGCGGCGGGCGGGCUGGACGCGCGCGUCUGGCCGCGCGCCGCGGCGCUGGCGGAGCGGCUGUGGUCGGACCGCGCGGAGGGCGCGCUGCCCGACGUGUACCUGCGGCUGGACACGCAGCGCGCGCGGCUGCUGGCGCGGGGGGUGCGCGCCGCGCCGCUCUGGCCGCGCUGGUGCUCACACAACCCGCACGCCUGCCUCUAGGCGCGCCCACACACCUGCAUCCGUGCUCACU